AUGGUGAAAUCUAUUUAGUCAGGAAGCUUCGAUACAAGACAUGAAGGUGCUAUAAACGAUGCCCAGUUCGACUAUUACGGAAGACAGCUCGCAACAUGCUCUCAAGACGGACACAUAAAGAUAUUCCUCACAAAAGAAGAUGACCAAAUGCAACAAGUCGCAAACCUCCAACAUCACCAAGGCUCAGUCCUGGCUCUUUCAUGGUCACAUCCUAAAGUUUAAGUUAAAGAUAACUCUUCAAGUCCCGUAGUUCUUGAUCCCAGGUUGGACCACAGCUAUGAAUAAUGGCAGGUGGGUUGGCCUAACCGUCGACCUUAGGACCUCUCUAAUCCAUGCUAGACUCAGUAUAGGCCUAUUCUAUUUAGUCGAAACUCUCAAGAAGCCUUGGACUUCUCUCUGAGAUCGGAUAUUGGACCUGAGCCCUACCCUAACUGACGUUUUUAAUCGUUGGCCACAUCCUAAAUUUUUGGCUCUCUAUUAGCUUCCUGUGGAGUGGACCGAAAGGUGCUCGUUUGGAAAGAAAUGUCCUCAAAUUCCUGAAAUGUCGUAUACGAAUAUGAUAAUCACGAAGGACCUAUAAAUUGUAUAGCUUGGGGACCCUGGGAAUAUGACUUGACUCUUCUUGCCGGUUCUUUAGAUGGCUCUGUUUCUGUAAUCAGCAGGACUUCUGAAGACAGAUGGGAAGCCAUGAAGUUUACCGCUCAUGAAGGCGGUGUUUAUGCAGUCUCCUGGGCUCCAGCUACCUCUUUAAGCUUGCUUGAAAGUGAAGAAUCUUAUUUAGUAAAGCGUUUUGUGUCAGGAGGAGCUGAUAAUCUAGUAAAAGUUUGGACAUGGGCUGAUGAACAUUAUGACUGUACGCCAUUAGAUUUGCAUACAAGGUGUGUCAGAGAUGUCGCAUGGUGCCCAAGUUUAGGGAUGGCGAGGGAUAUGUUUGCCAGUUGUAGCGAAGAUGCGACCGUUGCGAUAUGGACAAAUUCGAGUGACAGCGGGAAAUGGAAAUCCAAGUGUGUGCUGAAGCUGAAAUACCCGAUUUGGAGGGUUAGUUGGUCGGUUGCUGGAAAUGUGCUGGCGGUCAGUGCAUAUGAUAAUAUUACGAGACUGUUAAAAGAAGCUCCUGAUGAGACUUGGGAAGUUGUAUCGACUAUUAAUGAGAACGGACAACAGUCAAAUGAAGAUCAUAUUCAAUUAGGAUUAGAUUAGAUUAGAUUAGAUUAGAUUAGAUUAAAGCUGUGUAUUUAUAGUCCCCACUUCCAAAGUCUUCGCAUUCCGCAGCGGAACCGCUGCGGGGUGGGCUCCCUUAAGGCACUCAAGCCCGGGCCGAAACCCCCGGUUUCUCGGUAGUGGCAAUUUCCCUCCUGAUCCGGGUCAUACGGAUUUUGCCGGGAACCACCAAUUUCCAACUUGAGGCCAUGUCUACCCAACCCUGCUCGCCUCUGGCCAGAUCGCCCCUUUUGAUCGGGACCCUUUUCGACUGGAGAGACUUGUGCCCUUGAGAUCUGUGUCGAGCUUCGCCUCCCCUCUUUCCCGGAUCAUCUCCAAGAAAGAACUCAACCCCCUGCCUCUUUCGGACACAGAGUCUGGACCUCGGCGCUACUGGCAAAAAGAAUGCGAAAAACUGCUGCCUGGGUCAAGUCCCAAAAUCAGCGGAAAUUGGGCUGGCCUCGAGGCUAACUCUUCCCUUGAGUAGCUCUCCGAUCCAAAAACCACGUCCGGUAUACAUAAGGACACCCGCCACGGAAGGACGGGUCGCUCGUCUCCGGCCAUUUUAUGUAUAUAUUCAAUUAGGAUAA